UAGCCGAGCAACUAAAACUCCCAGCAGGCCGCGCUCGCGCCCAGCUGCCUCCGCCCCGCGCGGGGCCUUCUGGGAGCGGUCGUGGCCCGCGAGGCGCCGCCCCCGCCUCAGGGCGCUCUGGCUCCCUCGUCUGGAGAGCCGUUGGCGGGAAGCCGGCCGCUGUGCGAGUAGGUGGCGGCGGCGGCGGCGGCGGCAGUAGCCGUCGCCGCCGGGGGCGGUGCCCCGGCCAGUGAGCCGCUCCCAGGGCGAUGGGGCCGGCAGCCUGGGUCACGGCGCGGCGGCGGUGACCGCGGGGAACCGGCCCUCCCGCUCCGCGGCCGCAGCCCCCGGCCCUGGAGGCGAGGCUGCCGGGCGCCCUCAGCGUACGAAGCAGCAGCGGCGUCGAAAGCGGGCCCAGAGGCGGCGGCGAGGGUGGUGGCCGUGGUCGGGGCCGCGGCAGAAGCAGAAGCAGCAGCGACAGGUGCAGGAGCGGCGGCCCAGCGCGGGACCCGACGCGGAGUCGGGCGAGCGAUGCUUAGAGGCCGCCCCGCGGUUGGCCCCCGCCUUGUCCCCGCUUUCUCCCGCCCAGAGAGCCAGACGACGGCGGCGGCGGCGAAGAAGACGACGGUCGUCUAUGGAGCUCGAGAACUUAUUGGCCAACACGAUGCUCCUGAGAGCGCGCCAAGGAGGGAUUAGCAAAAAAAGUGGUCGUAGCAGGAAAUGGAGGGAGAUGCUGAGACUGCCGCCCGUCAGCCAGUGCAGCGAGCUUCGCCAGUCCCUCGAGAAGGAUUACAGCAGCCUCUGUGACAAGCAGCCGAUCGGAAGACUUCUCUUCAGGCAGUUCUGUGACACGAAAGAAGAUCUGAAGAAGCGGAUUGAGUUCCUGGAUGCAGUGGCAGAAUAUGAAGUGGCCGCUGAUGAGGACCGAAGACGCUGUGGGCUCCUGGCCUUGGACACAUUCUUCACGGGAAAGGGUUCACCAGCCCCUCUACCAGAAAUACCCGAAGACGUGGUGUUCAGGUGCAGGCAGAGGCUGUGGGAGGACCCAUCCAAAGAUGUCUUCGAGGAGUGCACCAGAAUUGUCCAUGACCAUUUAAGUGAAGAAGCAUUUGAAGAAUACCAAGAAAGUGCAUAUUUUUCUCGAUUUUUACAGUGGAAAUGGCUGGAAAGGCAACCAGUGACAAAGAGCACGUUUAGGCACUACAGAGUCCUGGGGAAAGGUGGGUUUGGAGAGGUUUGUGCCUGUCAAGUGCGAGCUACAGGAAAAAUGUACGCCUGUAAGAAGCUAGAGAAGAAAAGGAUAAAGAGAAGGAAAGGGGAGGCCAUGGCCCUAAACGAGAAAAGGAUCCUAGAGAAAGUGCACAGUAGGUUUGUAGUUAGUCUAUGUUACACAUACCAAACCAGAAAGUCCUUGUGCUUGGUGCUAACCAUCAUGAACGGAGGGGACCUGAAGUUUCACAUUUACAACCUGGGCGACCCCGGCUUCGAGGAGCAGAGAGCCAUCUUCUACGCGGCCGAGCUGUGCUGUGGUCUGGAGGAUUUGCAGCGGGAGCGCAUCGUAUACAGGGACUUAAAGCCCGAGAACAUUCUCCUCGAUGAUCACGGACACAUCCGGAUUUCAGAUCUUGGCUUGGCCUUGGAGGUCCCAGAAGGGGAGAAGAUCAAUGGAAGAGUUGGAACACUGGGCUACAUGGCUCCAGAAGUUAUCAGCUCCGAGAGCUACACAUUCAGUCCCGAUUGGUGGGGGCUCGGCUGUCUGAUAUACGAGAUGAUUGAGGGCCGCUCUCCAUUCAAAAAAUACAAAGAGAAGGUCAAGCGUGAGGAGGUGGAGCGGAGGGUGAAGCGAGAGGCGGAGCAGUACUCUGAGAAGUUCUCCGAGGACGCCAGGUCCAUCUGCAGCAUGUUACUCACCAAGGAUCCUAAGCAGCGCCUGGGCUGCAGGGGCGAAGGGGCGGCUGAAGUCAAGGGACACCCUGUGUUCAGGGACAUCAACUUCAGGCGACUGGAGGCCCACAUGUUAGACCCGCCUUUCCACCCUGAUCCGCAGGCGGUUUACUGCAAGGACAUCUUGGACAUCGAGCAGUUCUCCGCGGUGCGGGGCAUCCACCUGGACAGCACCGACAGCGGCUUCUACAGCGAGUUCGUCACGGGCUGUGUCUCCAUCCCCUGGCAGAACGAGAUGAUCGAGUCUGAGUGUUUCAAGGACAUCAAUGAAAUUGAAAACGAGCCAGUUUUAGAGCCAGAUGAGAAGACAGACCAGCACGUUCCCAGGCCUCAGAAGAGAGGCUUCUUCUACAGACUCUUCUCUAGAGGGUGCCUGUUCUGUAAGAUGAUGUACACAGUGUACAAGCUACCCAUGUGGUGUGUUUGAGCCCAGUGAGAAGAGCCUUCACAGGGGUGUUUGCUGUUGGUAUGAAAUCUGUCCUGAUCGCAAAAGAAGAAAUGGCUCCAGCACUUGAAGAGAGACCCCACAGUCCAUGACAACGCAUUUUACACUUGGCUCGUGAAGCAUCAUGAAGAACCAACGUAAAAGAAUGGAGGUCCCUUCCGUUUCUGCCCGGUGUUGUUCGGAUUCUCAGAGCUGGUGCGUCACAGGGAAAGCUGAUUCUCUUUUGAACGUGGAACAGUGUUUGGAGAGGCUUUCCGUGGUAGCAUUAAACUCAGGAAUGGUUUCCAAGUCUCCUUGGACCAGUGGAUCAUCCUGCCGUAUACCCUGUCCGUUCCAGAGGGAUUUUGCCUCCGUCAUCCACUAAACCUCUCAUCCAUCGUGUCUCAGUAUAAACCCAGAGAGUGCGGCCAGGCCUCCUCUCAGAACUGGGGCCUGGCAGCAGUUAACCCGAGCUCAUCUGGGUGUCUCGCGUCGCUCAGUGGGAGUCAUCGCUGGGUCCACGCUGUGGGGGCCUCACAGACAGUGAGGGGAACCCUCCACACAGUCAUACAGAAGAAGCCGUCCACCCCGCAUGCUCAGAGGGGCUCAGCUGGGCAGUGGGCACGGGAUGGGGCGAGCCGUACGAGUGGGGGAGCGGGACGCACCAGCGCCCUCUUCUCUGCUGAAUCGAGCAUCCUGCGCCACGGCUGCUUCAACGCACACUCCAGCAAGAAGAAGCUGGCGUCCUCCAGACGGUGAGCACGCGCUGUGCGGCCAGACCACACCGGAGCACGCGCCGGGGCCCCGUCCCACCUGGGACCCACAAUAAACGUGUGCGACUCACCUUACACG